AACUAUUAUAGAAGGAAAUCGUGAAAUCAAAGCAUAACACAAUGUCUCAACUCUCAACACUCUUGAACUUUCAUGUAGGUCACAGGGGAAGCAGAAUAUACUGAUGCCCCAGUGCCUCCAAAUCUUCACGUGGUUUUGCUGGUAUGUUUCUUGCCAAAUACGGUCCAGCAGAUAAUAAGACUGGACCUGUGGUAGCUGAUGAAGAAUUAUUUGCUACAGAUGUGGUCACAUGUGUGGGACAAGUCAUUGGUGUGGUUGUUGCGGAUACACAUGAAAAUGCUAUAUUACCAGCAAUAUUAUCAAUCAAGGAGGCUAUUGCUGCUAAAAGUUUCCACCCAAACACAGAGAAAAUGCUAAGGAAAGGAGAUGUAGAGCUAUGCUUUCAGUCAGGUCAGUGAGAUAGGAUAAUAAAUGGAGAGGUUCAAAUGGGCAGCCAGGAACACUUUUACAUGGAGCCCAUGGUAGUUUGGUCUGGACAAGUGAUGGUGGCAACGAAGGUUGGGUUUACUAAUGGUGGGAAAGUAUUGGCGUAUGACCUUGAAGUCUACAACAAUGGUGGAAACUCUUUGGAUCUUUCCCAAGCUGUUCUUGAGAUUGCCAUGUUUAACUCUGAUAAUGUCUAUGAGAUCCCACAUGUGAGGAUCAGAGGGAACGUUUGCUUUACUAACUAUCCUAGCAACACUGCUUUCCGAGGCUUUGGAGGUCCGCAAGGCAUGCUUAUAACCGAAAACUGGAUCCAGAGAAUCGCAGCUGAACUGGAUAGAAGCCCUGAAGAAAUCAAAGAGAUGAACUUUCAAGUGGAAGGCUCUAUCACACAUUACUCUCAGUGUAUUCAGCAUUGCACACUGCAUCAGCUCUGGAAGGAGCUGAAAGUGUCUUGCAACUUUCUAAAGGCUCGUAGAGAAGUCGACGAUUUUAAUAGCCACAACCGGUGGAAAAAGCGUGGUGUGGCUAUGGUUCCUACAAAGUUUGGCGUUUCAUUUACCAAAAAGUUCAUGAACCAGGCAGGUGCUCUUGUUCAUGUGUACACAGACGGCACUGUUUUGGUGACACAUGGAGGUGUAGAGAUGGGUCAAGGAUUGCAUACGAAGGUUGCCCAAGUUGCUGCUUUUGCCUUUAACAUUCCCCUUAGUUCCGUUUUUGUAUCAGAGACGAGCACCGACAAGGUUCCAAAUGCGUCACCAACCGCUGCUUCUCUGAGCUCUGCAUGUACGGUGCUGCGGUUUUGGACGCUUGUGAGCAGAUUAAAGCACGAAUGGAGCCUCUUGCCACUAAGCUCAGUGGCAACUCCUUUGCUGAGCUGGCAAGUGCAUGCUAUUUUCAACGAAUAGACCUCUCUGCUCAUGGCUUUUACAUUGUUCCCGAUGUUGGCUUUGACUGGAUCUCCGGUAAAGGAAACCCAUUCAGAUAUUACACCUACGGAGCUGCAUUUGCGGAAGUUGAGAUCGAUACAUUAACCGGUGACUUUCACACAAAAACGGUCGAUAUAAAGUUGGACCUGGGAUAUUCUCUUAACCCAGCCAUAGAUAUUGGACAAAUAGAAGGAGCAUUCGUACAAGGGUUAGGAUGGGUAGCUCUAGAAGAAGUGAAAUGGGGAGAUGCAUCUCAUAAAUGGAUUAAACCAGGGAAUCUACUCACUUGUGGACCUGGUAACUACAAGAUACCUUCCUGUUCGAAAUCCCUCCAGACUGGCACAAGAUAUCUCCAUCAAAAUUGCCUACACAAAAAAAAAAGAUAAGUCUCCUUUUCAAUAUUUUGGUCAAUUAUCCAUUACCACUAAAUAAUACUUCACACUUUGUGCAAGUCGUGGAUUCUUGAUUAAUUAUUUAUCAAUUAUUCAUUCGCUGAGUCAAUGUUAUAAAUUAUUGUAUACUUUGAACGAUUGUUCCCAUAGAUAAUUGACAAGCUACCUUGCAUAACUCUCCAAAGCAUUAUUAAAUAGUUUCUUACGAAUUAUUUUCAACUUCUAAUGUCUUUGUUUAAUAGAAUGGAGCGUAAUUUCACGGUGAACUAAGGGCUAGGCCAUACCAGUCAGCUCGGAAGCUUACAGACCCUGCUCAUUUCUGGCUCUCGUCUGAUAAACGAGCUUGAUCACUGCAUCACACAAGCUCGCCACACUGACGGGAUAGUACAAGCUCCUCGUCUUCGUUAAAGACGAAACCGAGUGACAGGAAGUUCUUGCCUCAUCUUUAAGACGAGACCGCUGUAGCAAGUGCUGUCUCUUCUUCAUCCCGAGAUCGCUGUAUCCCAAGAAGCCCAAGGACAGCUCUGGCCUUUGCUUUCACACAGCAAAGGGAAUCGGUCGCAUCUUUCUACCCGACAAAGGCUUUAACCUUGGCAUGAGCGUGAGAAUAGGAGGAGAGCUCCUUCAUGACGAGGAGAAGGUUCAAUUGGUUAUGAUCAUGUCGAUGACAACCUCUCCAACAAGGUCUUGCUUCUUCAAGAAAGCUCUCUAGACAAGCACGUCAUUACCGGCAAGCUCUUCAAGGCCUCGUUUGCGUGCCUCCGUUCAAGGUCCAUCUCGUCUCACCUCGUCGAUGACUGCUCUUGUUGCGACAGAAGCCUUGAGAUCGUGCGGGUUAACGCCGAGCAACAGUCAUGUGAUUUACUAGGCACAAGUCAACGCCAAACAACAAUGUAAGUUCAAGCUCGUCCGGUACACCGCCGAGAAACAGAGGUGAUCAUGUGAUCUCGGCACCCGGUUUCUUAUGGCUUCAUCACCAUGACGUCUUCAAAGCUCCAUCAACGAAGCUUCUUGCGGGCCUAAAGCUCCAUCACUUGCUCGACGGUCACGAGGCUAAAGGUCAUGCACGCACGUCAGCCAUCAAGAAGCUCGAGCUCAAGUUCAAGGAUCAAGAGGCUCAAGCUCAUGCACACUCCUAAGUUAUCUUCCUCACUAGGCCUGUGGUACUCUCUCGACGCUUCAUGCUUAACCUCCGCUUUGAACAUGAACCGGCAUACGAGUUUGUCAUCUCAAAAAAAAAAUACGAAGAAGAGGUUGCAAAAGGAAACGAGCUCUCAACAGUGAGGAACAAAGAUAAAGUCAUCAGCUUUGAGUUCACCGUCAUCUCAGCUCUGAUAAGAGCGAUCCAUUGAGAUCGUCAGCACAAAAUGUCAUCACGUCCACAAUAACUUCUUUGUCAAGUUACAAACAAGGCUCAUCCUCAAAGAUAAGUAUCUUAUAACCUUUAUGAGAUAAUUACGGUUGAUUGAUUUGUUGUUUGCAACCUGUGCAUAAUGAUUAGUAAUUGAUAAAUUACUAACAUCAUAUGCAAUAGCCGAGCAUUAACACAAGUUAAACUAUCGCUUGCUUAUCAAUUAUACAAAACUUGGCUGGUUCUUUUGGUUAACCUUGAUCUGAUCAUGCUUUUUGUUGUGAACCAGAGUUGAUUAGAUCGUUGAGCCAAAGAGAAUCAACAAGUGAGUGCUACUGUCAUGUCCUCAUGCUUGGAAUGGCGAUCUCUCAGCUACAAACUUGUCUGAAUCAGCACAAGCCGGCGCUUUCUUACGUCAUCAUGCCUGACGAACACACAAGCCAAUAACUUGCUCGGCACACACGAUCUCAACACGAGACUUCGGGUCGGCAAAGUUCGGUAAACUUAUUUUUACUAGGCACGAGUUUAAAUUCAACUUGCUUUAUAUUAGGCACAAAUUUGCAUUAGACUCACUUAUUGUUAGACACGAGUUUACAAAAACUCAUCUUUGACAAGGCAUGAGUUUACAGAAACUCUCCUACUACUAGGCACGAGUUCUCAGUAAAUUCGCCUCUGUCUCAGCAUGAGUCAAGUAAACUCGUCUUUCACUAAGCACGAGUUUAAAGCAAACUUGCCUUUUACUAGGCACAAGUUCGAAGUAAACUCGCCUAAACCAUCAUAGGCAUGAAUGUGUCUAGUUUAUUGUCUAAUAAACCCUAUUCGUAAAAUUCACAGAGAUCGACUUCAUCUCUCUCUACGAACUUGGGGGGACUUAUUGUUGGGGGUAGAUUUACAUUCUACCUCAAGGCCCAUUAGACAAUAAAUUAGACCCAUUUUACUAUGAAACUCUAGUCAUCUUUCUUCUAUAAAUAAGGAAUUAUCUCCUUAUUAGACGGGGGGUCUUCUUCUUCAUUUUAGACUUAGAACACUUCUUACAAAGGGUUUAUGAAUUAUUAGAUUUAUUUACACUUGUAAUCCUACAUGUAAUACAAUCUUAAAUCAAUAAAUUCUUUUGAUGUUCA